AUGACUUCGUUUGCUGCCACUAUAAUUUUAACCAGGGAGCUUGAUUGCGUUGGACAUGGCAGCACGGGCAGAGAUGGCGACGGGCGAAGGAGGCAAUGCAUCAACGAAGAGAACGAGCACUCUGUUACUACUUAUGCAGACAAACAAAAAUCACUUUAUAAUUAUGACUCAAAGAAUGGUGGAAUGGAUGAGAACGAGCUGAAUAUUAUGAAAAUAGUGUUGAACAGAAUUUUUGAGAGGGAUAACUACUCUGAGAAAACCCCUAGAUAUUUUAAAUUAUCUAAGGAAGUUCAAAGCUCAAAUGGCACAGUUGAUCAUGACAAGAAUCUAGUCAACCAAGAAAUGGGAGAUGAUGAUAACCUCAUUCUCCGUGUGGUGGCUGGUGCAAAUGAUAGAACGACUAUGGUAAAAGAUACAAUCCAGGAAGCAAUGACAGCUAUUCAGGCUAAUGAAGAUUUUGUUGACCAAGAAAUCGAUGACGAUGAUGAAAACCUUAUUAUCAAUAUACAAAAGCAAGGAAGGAUGAUGCCCUCAAACAGAAAGCAUAAAGCACCUUCAGAGGUUAAAGAUGGUGAGGUACAUACUUUGCUGUCUAAAGCUGAAGCAAAGCAGAGUUUGGAAUUCAAACGAGAUAGCCAGCUAUUAAAUAGAAGUACCAAAUUGCGAAAGAAGUCUCCAUGGAAAGAUCUCGUUAGUGCUAGUAGUGGUGCUACAUUCAGUGUAUUGGAUGUUUUGCUGGGUGCUAUUCCUGGUAAAGAGAUGCAGUAUGGCUCUGAUGGUGUUAGUGAGUUCUCCUCUGACGAAAAAGAUGAAGUAACAAACGAUGAGAAAGUAUCAGAUCACCUUGAAGAGCUGGAUAAAGUUGAAUCUGAAGAUGAAGUAUCAAAUGAUGAGAAAGUAUCAGAUCAGCAUGAAGAGCUGGAUAAAGUUGAAUCUGAAGAUGACGUAUCAAGCGAUGAGGAAGUAUCAGAUCAGCAUGAAGAGCUGGAUAAAGUUGAAUCUGAAGAUGACGUAUCAAGCGAUGAGGAAGUAUCAGAUCAGCAUGAAGAGCUGGAUAAAGUUGAAUCUGAAGAUGACGUAUCAAGCGAUGAGGAAGUAUCAGAUCAGCAUGAAGAGCUGGAUAAAGUUGAAUCUGAAGAUGACGUAUCAAGCGAUGAGGAAGUAUCAGAUCAGCAUGAAGAGCUGGAUAAAGUUGAAUAUGAAGAGAAAGUACCAGAUCAGCAUGAGGAGCUGGAUAAAAUUUCCACUGACAAUUUAGAUGGACCUGUAGAUAUUUAUGUCAGAGGUGCUGCAUGGCGACAAAAAUCUUCAUGGAAAGAAUUGGUUCGUGAUGCCACCAGAAGUUCUUUCAGCAUUUCGCAAAUUUUUCCUGGUCUAAGUCUUCCAAAACCAGAGUUGCCAGUGAUGGGAGAGACCAGAACAGCACAAAAAUCUAACAGCACGGAUAAAAGUGAUUCCCAAGAUGUUUCUGUAGAGGAGCAGAAUAAUGUUCAUUUCAGUAAAGAGCUUCCAGUGUUGGACGACUAUCAGCAGAAAGAAACAAUGAAGAAUUAA